GAGUCGGUCGCGUCCGCUGCACGCAGCUCAGCCUCCACAAAACGGCGCGGGAGACACUCGUCCGCUAUAAAACGGAGCAGGGUGCGUCGGUGCGGGGCAGUUAGCGGCAGCCUACAAAGUUCUGUCCCCCCCUACAAUGCAGUCUCUCUCCUUCGCUAGGACCAUCAUGAACAGUUACCAGCUCUCCCCCGGGAUGAUUCCUUACAGCGCCUACGGUCUCUCGCCGGAGCAAGUGGCCUGCGUGUGCGACGUUCUUCAACAGAGCGGGAACAUAGAGAGGUUGGCGCGGUUCCUGUGGAGCUUGCCCGCUUGCGACCAGAUUCAGAAGAACGAGAGCGUCAUGAAGGCUCGGGCGCUCAUCGCGUUCCACCAGGGAAACUUCCCCGAGCUCUACCGCAUGUUGGAGAGCUACAACUUCUCGCUGGAGUCCCACCCGAAGAUGCAACAACUGUGGCUGCAGGCACACUACAUCGAGGCCGAACGUCUCCGCGGAAAGCCGCUGGGUGCCGUGGGCAAGUAUCGCAUUCGGCGCAAGUUCCCCCUCCCGCGGACCAUAUGGGACGGCGAGGAGACGAGCUACUGCUUCAAGGAGAAGUCUCGAGUCAUCCUGCGUCAGUGGUACACUAAGAACCCCUACCCUUCCCCGAGGGAGAAGCGCCAACUGGCGGAGCAGACGGGUCUCACCACCACCCAAGUCAGCAACUGGUUCAAGAACCGACGGCAGAGAGACAGAGCCGCCGAGACCAAAACUGGUGGUUCUGACACAGCCUCAACUAAAUCAAGUCUAACAGGAACUCCCGGAGAACCGAAAACCGCCUCGCCUUCUCCGUCCAUGCCUUCUUCUCCAAGCGACGGUCUCCUCACUGGGGAAGAAUCGGAAAAAGUCGGAGACGACGCGAAAUUGAUGUCGAACCUUCCGGACUCCCCUCCCCAUACAGAUUCCACCACGGAGGAACCGGAUUAUUCCAAGAUGAACAUGUACUCGCCUACUCCGCCGGAUCAGUUUCCCGAAGCGAUUGCAACCGAGGGACAGACUUCGCUGCAAACGGCCGCCGUUUCCGAGGUCCAGGGAGCAAAGAGUUUCGUGCCGGCUUCGACAGAAUACGCAGUGUCCUCGCACUCUGACCUCACCACAAACUACUGCGGAGGCAUGACAACACUCGCGACCAACGGCUACACUCACCCGCACCCUCCUUCGGCCUCCCCCACCUCUCUCCUCUCCCCCAUCCCUUACACCGUUCCUUACAAUACUGCAUUCGGGGACACAAUCGGACUUGGAGCAUACCCGAGCAUGAGUCCAUCGGGGUAUGUAAGUCCGUACGGAACGAAACAAUAUUCAUGGCCCACCACCCCGAGUGGAAUAACUUACCCCAACACAGCGUUCUCCCACGAAUUACCCCAAUCUUGUUACCCCUAUCAGGCCGGGAGUACCGCGGCUCCGACUUACCCCGCAGUUACCACGGCGAGACCGGGGUAUCCCUCGGGGUACUUUUCCGCUCAAAUCGCCUCGACAACUACGCAGAGCUGUUGAGAGAGGGUUUUAAAUUUUAAAAAAACUCAAGAAAGGCAAACUGGUUUCCGUCCCGUUUAAUAAUCCUCCGACAUUUUCGUUGAAACAACUCCAUUUUCCAAACAGUUUCCACAGCAGCCAAUCUCACGACAAAUAUCAUCUCUUCAAUAAUUUUUGGGCAGUUAUUAAUAUUUUUUCCUAUAAUUAUAGCAAUUUUGUAAUCUACUCAUGGUACAAUCAAUCAUUCUGUACACUCUCAGUUUCAUCUUACAUACUAGGGCUCUGUAUACAUGCGUAUGUACCUGUAUAUAUCUUACUUAUAUAUAAUUAUGUAGUUCAUAAUGGUAACAGUUACCGAUACGUACGUAUAGUUCAUGUUAUGUAUUGUAAGUGAAGUAUAUAGACGUGGAAAAUAUACAUUUGUUUGCCAAGUCAAUGAUCGACUCCGGCUAAUCUCAAAGUUUCAAUUCUACAACCAGCGCACUAUCUUCAACACCGUCUCGCCUC